UUGCUACUUUUGGGUCUUGUCCUUCUCAGUUUCAGAGCUGGGCUUAGGAAGUUGAGUCUCUGAGUGAGUAUUUAUGAUGCUCAAAUUAAUGUUUCUCAUUAUUUUCAAUUUGCUGUACUUCUGAACAUUUAUUGAACUGGGAUUGUGUUUUCUUGGACAUUGGUGGAGCUUCAAAUUUUUUUUUUGAAGCAUAGCUUGGGACUUUGUUUCUCCCUUUGUGUGUAUAUUGAGCUGAGAUUGUGUUAUUUUGGUAAUUUUGAAGGAAAGUUUGGAACUUUGGUUCUUCCUUUGUGUGAAUUGAAUUGGGGUUGGGUUUUCUUGGACAUUGGUGGCACUUUUUUUUAAGGUUAUUUUGAAGCAAAGGUUGGAACUUUGUUUCACCCUUUGUGUGAAUUGAACUGGGAUUGUGUUUUCUUGGACAUUGGUGGCACUUAAUUUUUUGGUAAUUUUGAAGCAAAGGUUGGAACUUUGGUUCUUCCUUUGUGUGUAUUGAACUGGGAUUGUGUUUUCUUGGACACUAGUGGCACUUUUUUUUCUUUUUUUGGUAAUUUUGAAUCAAAGUUUGCAACUUUAGUUCUUCCUUUGUGUGAUUUGAACUGGGGUUGUGUUCUCUUGGACAUUGGUGAUACUUUUCUUUGUAAUUUUGAAGCAAAGCUUGGAACUUUGUUUCUCCCUUUGAGCAUAUUGAACUGGGAUGAUAUUUUCUUGGACAUUGGUGAUACUUUUCUUUGUAAUUUUGAAGUAAAGCUUGGAACUUUGUUUCUCCCUUUGAGUAUAUUGAACUGGGAUUGUGUUUUCUUGGACAUUAGUGGCCCUUUUUUUCUUUUAUUUUUUUCUGCGGGUAAUUUGAAGCAAAGCUUGGUACUUUGGUUCUUCCUUUAUGUGAAUUGAACAGGGGUUGUGUUUUCUUGGGCAUUGGUGACUUUUUUCUUGGUAAAUUUGAAACAAAGCUUGGAACAUUGUUUCUCCCUUGUGUACUGAACUGGGGUAUUGUUAGCUACCUCUUCUCCAGUUGUUUGGGAGCAGGUAGCUUGACUGGUUUCUCUGUCUGCUUUUUUUUACCAAGCUUGUUGGAGGAAUUCUCCUAAAUUUUCUGGUGUAGUUACUUUCUUAGUUUUAUUUUCAUCUGUUGAACUAGAUUUUUUGAAUUAUUUUUUAAUCUUUAGGCACAAAACUAUAAUCUUGUUCCUUCAAUUUCUCUACCUGUAUGGAUGUGUAAUGAAGUGGAGGCAUUUCACCAGCUGAACAAUCGAUCCCUCUCGUCGGAUCUUUGAAAGUGGCCAAUUGUUUGAUGUGUAUCUUAUAGAUUGUUAAUCUUGAGGCAAGGGGAUUUUUUUUUUUAGUUUAAGUUUGAUUCAUUUCCCAAAUAAUGGAUAUGGGUAGCAAGAAUGAUACUCAAGGACAAAAGAGGAACAAGGAUGCUACUAAUUUUCAGUCACCAAACAUAUCGUUGGACUGGCAAUUAAGUGGAAGCAACUUGACAAAUGCAUCAAUGGGGAUGAUCCCUAAUAGCAAUCCUUUAGUAGAUUCAGUUUUUCCCACUAUUUGGGAUCGGCCUCCCAAUUCGUCACACUUAGGUUUCUAUGGUAAUAAUAAUGCUAAUGCUCAAAUCAGUCCUUGCAUUAUGAAUCAGCACGAGACUGCAGCAAUUGGCUCGGUCCCUACGAGAGGUAGUAUGAGUUGGAAUCCACUGAAUUCGAUGCUGAAAGGGGCUAUGUUUGUACCACCUAUUCCUGGAAUGAUUCCUCAAAGCUUAGCUCAGCUUCCAGCUGAUUUGGGUUUCAUUGAGAGAGCUGCAAGGUUUUCGUGCUUCAGUGGAGGAAACUUCAAUGAUAUGAUGAACCGGCCUUUAAGCGUCCCUGAGUCUACUAAGCCUUGUUAUAGGGGACCGGCACCAACGUGGAGAACCGAAGAGGUUCUUGCAAGCAGCGGGUUAAACUCACCCUCUGCUGUGGACCCUUGGAAGCAGAACAUACGAAGUGGUGUUGAUGGUUCCAAAGAUGUUUCUUUACCUCAUGAGAACAAAACUCAUGAGCAAAGCCCUCUCAAGAUUGAGAAGAAGAAUGAAAUAUUUGCGAGGUCUCGGGAUGAAGGAAAAGAAUCAGUUGGAUUGUCUGGAAAUGAGUCUGAUGAAGCUGAAUGUAGCGGCCGUCAAGAGGAAAUGGGAAGUGCCGGACUGGAAUCUUCCCCGAAGAGCCUUGGCUCAAGGAAAAGGAAAAAAUAUAGUCAGGGUACCGAGCAUGAUCGAAUGAAGCGAGUACAACAGCUGCCAGCUGAACCUGAUAAAGAACUAAUUGAAACUCAGAAAGGAGAUGGACGCUUACAUUCACCUUCUAGCAAGCAUGGCGGAAAAAACAGUAAACAGAGGUCUCAGUCUUCAGAUCCACCUAAAGAAGAUUACAUACAUGUUCGAGCUCGAAGAGGCCAAGCGACGAACAGCCAUAGUCUUGCAGAAAGAGUAAGGCGAGAGAAAAUAAGUGAAAGGAUGAAAUUUCUGCAGGAUCUUGUACCUGGUUGUGACAAGGUCACUGGUAAAGCUGUAAUGCUGGACGAAAUCAUUAAUUAUGUUCAAUCUUUGCAAAGACAGGUUGAGUUCCUCUCGAUGAAGCUUUCAACAGUAAACCCAAGGCUAGAUUUUAAUCUUGAUGGGGUCCUUACAAAAGAUUCACAAGCAGGUCCUUCGUCCGCACUUGCGUUUUCACCUGAUAAUAUGACCAUGACUUAUGCUUCUUUGCAUGGAUGGCAAUCUGGUCUGCUUCAAUCAGGUCUUCCUGGUGAUGGAAAUUACAUUGAUGCGUUCCGUAGAUCCAACACCCAACUCUCCUCUAUGAGUGGUGGCUAUAGAGAUCCUUCAUCUCAGGUACCUAGUGUAUGGGAUGAUCAGCUGCAUAAUGUUGUGGAUAUGGGAUUCACUUCAACUGCACCCCUCGAUUGCCAGGAUUUAAGUUCUUUGCCACCCGACCAAAUGAAAACAGAACCUUGAAAUGUUUCAAAUCGUCAACCGGAUACACUUUCUGUUUCUAUGGGGAGUAAGUUGCAUAGAUCAUCGUAGCACUGAGUGAGUUCACAUGUUUGGGGAGUUAUCACGCGGUGAUAUCCCCAUCUUUCAAAAAGUGCUCCCUCCCCACAGUCGAAGGAGUUCUGAGUUCAGUUGUACAGCAAGUCCACAAAAUGUUCCCUUUUUUAUGCUCAUUCUAUAUAGGUUACAAAAAGUGAAGAUUUAUACAACAUGUUUGUGAGAUUAUUCCAUCAACACAUGCAAAUGAGGGUUCAAGAAUUUAUGCGUUCCGGAUACUAUAUGCAAGCCUCUCUACCUUCCGUGUACACUCUACACUCUCCAGACCGUACUUUGUGAAAUUACAUUGAAUAUAUUGUUGUUGUUGGUACUAUUUACAAGCUUAAUGGAGAAUAGCCAUUCAUGUUUUAGUUAUAAUUUGUUGUGUCAUUGAAAGGCGAAAUGGUUGUAGUACCCUUAAUCUGUAUUGGAAGUAACUUGAAAAAUGUGUGCUUUGUAUAAAAGAAAAGAAUGAAUAUAUUUAUGUAGUUCUUUGAAUUUUCACG